UCUUUCACCCAUAUAUUGCGCUUUUACCUUUUCAAAAGCAUUUGCCUAACAAUGUAUGAUACAUUGUGAGAGUUAAGUUUCCCCUUUUUGUCCAGAUUCAUAUCUCUCUCUCUCUACAAAUACGUAAAUGUGGGCAUAAAAAUUCAGUGUUCUCUCUCACCAGAUCCUUAUCCAUAACUAUCUGCUCGCUCGACUUUAUUGUAUAGAUAUAGUGGUGAUCAGUUGUAGCAAUCUGUUUUCGAUAUCUUGCAUUCGCAAUGGCUAAUAUGUCUCUAAUAUGUCUCUUUCUUAUGAUAGCUUUGUUGUUUGUAAAUGUCUCUGAAGCCGAGGAAGAAAUAAGGGUGUAUGAGCUGAAGAACAGAGAAUUCUCCGUGAAGAUCACCAACUAUGGUGCAACUGUUCUCUCUGUCAUUCUCCCUGAUAAGCAUGGAAAAUUUAAUGAUGUUGUUCUUGGGUAUGACUCCAUUGAGGGGUACAAGAAUGAUUCAACCUACUUUGGAGCCCUAGUUGGACGUGUUGCUAACAGAAUUGGAGGGGCUCAUUUUACUCUUCAUGGGAUUCAGUAUAAGUUACCAGCUAAUGAUGGGAAUAACACUCUCCAUGGUGGUUUCAGAGGAUUCAGUGACGUCAUAUGGACAAUGAAAAGCUAUAAGAAGGAUAGUCAUAUUACACUCACCUACAACAGUGUUGAUGGUGAAGAGGGGUUUCCUGGUGACCUUUCUGUCAUGGUAACAUACAUGUUAAUAGAAGGAAACAAGUUAGCCAUAAAAAUGGAGGCCAAGUCUCUAAACAAGGCCACACCAGUGAACCUAGCUUCACACACCUACUGGAACUUGGGUGGCCACAACAGCGGCGACAUCCUCUCGCAUACCAUUCAGCUUUUUGCCUCCAAGAUCACUCCAGUCAAUGAUGAACUCAUCCCCACCGGUGAAAUCGCUACUGUGAAGGGAACACCCUAUGAUUUCCUCCACCCACGCUCGAUCAGAAGCAAGUUCAAUGACCUUCCCAGUGGUUAUGACAUAAACUAUGUGCUCGAUAGUUCGAGCAACAAGCAUUUAAAGAAGGUGGCUGUCGUGGAAGAAGGCAAAUCGGGGAGAAAGAUGGAGCUAUGGAGUAAUCAGCCUGGUGUUCAGUUUUAUACAAGUAAUAUGUUGAAAGAUACUAAGGGAAAAGGUGGGUAUGUUUACUCAAAAUAUGGUGCAUUUUGCUUGGAGACACAAGGUUUUCCAGACUCUGUGAAUCACCCAAACUUCCCUUCACAGAUUGUUAAUCCUGGGGAGACUUACAAGCAUGUUAUGGUUUAUAGGUUCACAGCCGACUAGGAAAAAAAAAAGAAAAAGAAAAAGCAUUGCCAUAAUUAAUCGAUCUUUUUCGACUAUUUUUCGGUUGUUGUAUGUAGUAGAGGAACAAUCUGAUUUAUCUUUUCGCUUGUUUAUGCUUUUCUUUUCUGUUGGUGUUUAAUUCAAUAAAAGAAAUCCAUUCUU